CCACUACCGAUUCGAUUAUUCUCCUCUCGGUCUCAUCACCAAAUAUACCUAUCCCCUAUGAUGCAUCCGAUCCAGAGCACCCACGAUGCCUCAUACUAUCGAUACAACCCGUCCCUGGCGGUAGCGAUUGUGGCUGCGGUUUUGUAUGGCAUUGCGUUCAUUUUGACUCUGGUUCAGUGGGUUCGCUAUAGGGCAUGGGUGUGGGUGGUGAUGGUCAUUGCUUCAGCCAUGGAGGCCGUGGGCUAUAUCAGCCGUUGUAUCUCUGUGGAGAACGUGACAAAGAGAGAAGUCUACGUGGUGCAGUUCGCGCUUAUCAUCCUGGCGCCCGUCCUGAUCGCCGCCUGUUGCUACAUUGUCUUCGGCCGGAUUUUGUUCUUGGUGGUCCCGAGCGAAUCGCGCACGUUGCGACUCUGCUGGGUGCCUCCGCGGUUCAUCACCCCGAUCUUCGUGGGGUUUGAUAUCUUGGCGCUUCUGCUGCAACUGGUUGGCGCAGUCAUGAUCGCCUCGGUCAGCCCGACCGAUACUCAUGCGGCUCACAGGCUCAAUACGGGGAAACGGGUUGCGCAGGUGGGUGUGGUUAUUCAAUUGGUGGCGUUUGGACUCUUCAGCGUCGCGGCCGUUCGAUUCAAUUUCACCUCGAAGCGCUUCAACAAGUCCCUGGGUGAACGCUACGAGAGCGUCGGGGAGAAGGAGUAUCUGAUUGAUGGUCGGACGAGGGAUAAGCACUGGCCGGCGCUGCUGCGGGUGGUCAAUUUUACCUCGUUCUUGAUUCUGAUCCGCUCCAUCUACCGGCUGGUCGAGUUUACCAUGGGCGUGACGGGGUAUAUCAACACGCAUGAAUGGACGCAGUAUGUGUUCGAUGCGCUGACCAUCUAUCCUUGCGUGGCGCUGUUCAUCUACUGGCACCCGGGCAAGUAUCUGCCGUACCUGGGGGACUGCCAGCUGCCAAUCAUGGAGGGCCUUUUCACUCUGCUCGCCCUGGGCAUUGUGAUGGCCGUGACGUCCUUCGUCGUCGGCUCACUCCCUCUUGCCUUUACCCUUUCCCCGUCUCAGCUGCGCCUCAUCUCCUCCAUUGGUAUGGGUGUGUUGGUGGGGACCUCCUUGAUUGUCAUCAUCCCCGAGGGCGUCGAGACUCUUUACAACGCACGCUCCAUCAGCCAGAAAUCCAUCAGCACUCGCUCAACCCCCGUCCAAUGGAUGCACCAGGCCAUCCCGCAAGUCGCAGAUACACCCGCCUUGAACGGGCGACAAUUGAUCCCAGCUUUCUCCCUGGAUGAUCACAUCGAGCAGCCGGCCGUUAUUGUCGAUGAACCGCAAAUACAUGCACGGGCAGAUGAGUCGAGCGAAAAGUCCACGACAGAGACGUCGAGCGACCACCACGAAGACGAGAGCUCGCCUCAUGCCUGGAUCGGCAUCGCCCUCAUCAGCGGCUUCAUUCUGAUGUACCUGAUCGAUAAACUUCCCGAGUUUGCAUCACCAACCAAAGCUGAGCGACCGCGCUACCAUAUUUCGCUGGAUAACCUGGGCUCGGGACUGCGGCGAAACUCGUCUCCUUCUCGCGACGGAGGAGGCCUGCUGGACCAGGGCUCCUCGAGCUCCCGGCGCGGCCACAGCUUUGCAACUACUACCGGCCUGGUGAUCCAUGCCGCCGCAGAUGGGAUUGCGCUGGGCGCAUCCACCUCCGACACCGGCCUGAGCUUCAUCAUCUUCUUGGCGAUCAUGGUGCACAAGGCCCCGGCGUCCUUUGGAUUGACGUCGAUCCUGCUCAGGCAAGGGCUGUCGAGUCGGACUGCGCGAGCGCAUCUGUUGGUCUUCAGUCUGGCGGCUCCUAUCGGCGCUCUGGCGACGUUUAUCUUUGUGCAGGCUGUGGGCUCUUCCAGCGGCGACGAGGCUGGCUCUCAGUGGCGGACUGGAAUGCUCCUGCUGUUUUCCGCUGGCACCUUUUUAUAUGUGGCUAUGCACACGAUGCAGGAGAAUGGACCCGGCUCCCAGCCGCGCGAGUUGCCUGUUAACGGAUAUGGCGACACCCGCGAUGUCCAGAAUGGGUCGGACAAGUCCAUGCGAGACUUGAUCGGCUCCGUGCUGGGCAUGAUCCUGCCGCUGUUCCUGCAGAUCGGCCAUGCCCAUUAA